AAAGAAUUUUAAUUAAGUACGGCGAUGGAAGAGUCACUAGGACUGACACUGAACAGAGUCAGAGGAGUGAGUAGCGGAGGAGCAUAGCUGUUAUCUCCGACGCAUAAUAGCCCUGAGUCCGCCGUUCCGCCACAGCUUCUUCAUUCUUCCCAAAUAAGAAAAAGGGAAUUUUAAUCAGAGGUUAAUAGGAAGAAUCAAAUACCUAAAAUGGCCAAUGCUGAAGAAGGGAAGGUAAUGACAGCAGAUGUCACCUCUGGGGAAAUGCUUUAUGAGCCUAUCUUGGAGGAGGGGGUUUUCCGGUUUGACUGCUCUGUUGGUGAUAGAAAUGCAGCAUUUCCCAGUUUAUCAUUCACAAAUAGCAAGUUAAGGGACACACCAAUCAUGGUUCACAAGGUUCCUUCGUAUAUCCCAACUUUUCAAUGCCUUCUUGGACAGCAGACCGUCAAACUUGAGUUUCCAGUUGGUACAUCGUUUUAUGGAACUGGAGAAGUUACUGGGCAGUUAGAGCGCACAGGAAAGAGAGUUUUUACUUGGAAUUCAGCUGCUGGGGAUUAUAGACCUGAAACUACAUCCUUGUACCAAUCUCACCCAUGGGUGCUAUCUGUUCUUCCAAAUGGAGGGGCACUUGGGGUUCUUGCUGACACAACAAGGCGCUGUGAGAUUGAUCUGAGGACUGAAUGUAGAAUGCAGUUUACUGCUCCGGCUUCAUUUCCUGUCAUUACAUUUGGGCUUUUCCCUUCACCAAUUGAUGUUUUGAUAUCUUUAUCUCAUGCAAUUGGAACUAUUUUUAUGCCUCCAAAAUGGUCCUUGGGCUAUCACCAAUGUCGUUGGAGCUAUAUGUCAGAUAAGAGAGUUAAAGAGAUUGCCACAACAUUUCGGGAGAAGGGUAUACCUUGUGAUGUGAUAUGGAUGGACAUUGACUACAUGGAUGGCUUUCGAUGUUUCACUUUUGAUAAGGCAAGUUCCUUCCUAGAGCAAUUCCCAGAUCCAAAAUCUCUGGUGGAAGAUCUCCACCAUAAUGGCUUCAAAGCUGUUUGGAUGCUUGACCCAGGGAUUAAACAUGAAGAGGGUUAUUUUGUCUAUGAUAGUGGAUCAAAAAAUGACGUAUGGAUCCAAAAAGCAGAUGGAACACCUUUUGUUGGGGAAGUGUGGCCUGGGCCUUGUGUUUUCCCUGAUUUUACUCAAUCAAAAGUGUGUUCUUGGUGGGCAAAUUUAGUUAAAGAUUUUAUUUCUAAUGGAGUUGAUGGUCUAUGGAAUGAUAUGAAUGAGCCUACCCUAUUUAAGGUUGUAACAAAGACAAUGCCUGAGAAUAAUAUUCAUAGGGGUGAUGACGAAAUUGGAGGUUGCCAAACUCAUGGGCAUUAUCACAAUGUUUAUGGACAGCUGAUGGCAAGAUCCACUUUUGAAGGCAUGAAUUUAGCUGAUAAAAAGAAACGGCCUUUUGUUCUCACCAGAGCUGCAUUUAUUGGCAGCCAAAGAUAUGCUGCGACAUGGACAGGUGAUAAUUUUUCAAACUGGGAACACCUUCACAUGUCCAUCUCCAUGGUACUUCAAUUGGGCCUUAGCGGUCAGCCAUUUUCGGGACCUGAUAUUGGUGGGUUUGAUGGAAAUGCAACACCCAAACUUUUUGGCCGGUGGAUGGGAUUAGGGGCCAUGUUUCCUUUUUGCCGUGGUCACUCUGAAGAUAAAAGCCUUGACCAUGAGCCCUGGUCCUUUGGUGAAGAGUGUGAAGAAGUGUGUUGUCUGGCAUUGAAGAGGCGAUACCGCCUUAUACCACACUUGUAUACUCUGUUUUAUAUGGCACAUACUAAGGGUACCCCUGUGGCAUCCCCUGUCUUCUUUGCUGAUCCAAAAGAUCCCAGUUUAAGAACACUUGAAAAUUGCUUCCUUUUGGGCCCACUUCUAGUUUCUGCAAGCACCACGCCAAAUCAGGAUUCUGAUAUGCAGCUCUUGUUGCCUAAAGCACUUUGGUUGAGUUUUGAUUUUGAUGAUUUACAUCCGGAUUUACCAGCUUUAUACUUGCGACGUGGAUCAAUCAUACCUUUGGGUCCACCCAUCCAGCAUAUUGGUGAAUCUAAUCCAUCAGAUGACUUAACGCUCCUCAUAGCCCUAGAUGAGAAUGGCAUAGAAAGUAUGUCUUCCUGGGAUCAGUUGAACAUAAAAAGUAUUGUUUUAUUUGCACUGGGGCUGCUGAUCUAUUUAGUUCUGUUUUGGACUUCAACAAUAUAUUCUGCUUCUUGUCUUGUGAAUUCAUUAAGCAACAUCAUCUCAGCUGAAUGGAAAGCUGAAGGUGUUCUUUUUGAAGAUGAUGGUGAUGGGUAUGGAUUCACUGAAGGGGAAUAUCUUUUGACACACUAUAUUGCUGAGCUUCAAUCUUCAGUGAUCACUGUAAGAAUAUCUAAGACUGAAGGGUUGUGGAAGAGACCAAACCGUCGUCUACACGUUCAGCUGUUAAUUGGUGAAGGUGCAAUGCUUGACACUUGGGGCAUAGAUGGCGAGAUUAUGCAAAUUGCAAUGCCUUCUGAUUUUGAGGUUUCUAAGCUGAUAACUACAAGCAAAGAAAAUCGCAAGACGCGAUUGGCAAUGGCCACUUCUGUUGGUGUUUUGACUAUUUUUCAUGGGGAACCUUUGAGCGGAGUCCACCAAUUGACUAUGUUAACAAUGCAAGGUCAAUUGUUGGACUAUUUUUCUGGGUGAUGUGACACACUGUUGGACUAUUUUUGAUGUGCUGGCCAUUCACUUUGAUGAUUAGGCGAAUAACUCAGCAAGUUUUGU